CAGAUUUGAAUUAUUUGUGAAAUUCUCUGCUUCCACGUCGCUGUUUGAAUGCGAAGCAAAAAAGAUUUUUGAGGUUUCGGAGGAAAUAGAGAGACGAACAAGCUUACGGAUGGACUGUCGAGCUAACAGCGAUGUGUUCUUUCUGCCUGAUGAGAAGUUUGACUUUGAUGUUUCUCUGUCGCCUGCCAGCUCUAGGGGUGAUGAAGCUGAAGAUGAGGUGUUUGUUGGUCCAGUCAGUCAUAAAGAGAAGUGUGUUUCCGUUAAUGUGGCGUCUCCCCUCGAGAACCAUAGCAUAACCUGGAGCCCGCUGACGGGAGAACAGCUGGAGGCUGUGUGUCAGGAAGCCCACAGACUAGCAAGUCAGCUGCAGAGCACUGUGUCACACGAUGAGAACAGAGACGCCACCAGUGUGACCAUGGACACCAUGACUGAGCAAGAGGAGUUUGUCGAGGAUGCUGAGACCAGACUUGGUCUCCUUGCUCAGACCACCAGUGGAGUCAGCCCAAACAAACGACAGACCUUCUGUGUGCAGGACAGUCCACUGAAGCAGCUGCCGCCCGUCAUCCAGCGCCAACUGCAGAGAGGCAGCGGCUCCAGCAUCACUUCAUCUAUCCGCCCCACUAUCACCCCAGCUUCGUCUACCCGCCCUACUUCAAAAAGCAGACUCAGCGUCUGCAGCCCUGUGAUCCAAGCCAAAGCUCAGCCCAGAACUGCACUUCGAGGGAAAUCUGCACUAGGUGUUGCUGUUGUGCUGCCGAGCAAACCAACCAUUCCAGUGACUUCCUGUUCAACCAACAAGAGCAGAGUGGAAAAGACCAAACUGCAACCACCCAACAGAGCAGUGGGCAGUUGGAGGCAAAGCCCGUCUUCUUGUCCCCCUAAAAGGGCGGAGUCGUCUGAGGAUUUGCUCUCAGAUUCAGCGAGCGUGGCCUCUGACAUCAGUGAUAGCUCCCUCAACUCCAGUCUGUUGGGAAAACGCGCACUUCCUCGGCCAACCAAGGUAAAGCAGAGUGGAGUGAGGAACCUGUCAGGUGGGAAAGCACAGCGUCUUCAGACCAGGAGAAAGAACACGUCCUCAUCAUCCUCCUCUGUAUCCAGCUUCAACUCCAGCAUCUCUCUUUCCCCGGCUAAAGGCAAGGUGAAGUCUACUCUUAACGGGAAUCUGAGCAGCUCCACUGGCCCAGCACCCCGCAAAGUGAACAGCCUCAGCAGGCCACGCAGGUCCACCAUCUACAGUGCUGCAGAGUCGGUGUCCUCCACUGCCGCUGGCCGCCGCUCAAUAUCGACACAGGCCAAGAAGCUGUCUGAGGCGGAGAGUGGCAAUGAUGCCAAAUCCACUCCUCACAAGAGCGCUGAAGCCACGCCCCCCAAAAGACCUGCCUCCAACCUCACCACCUCCACAAGUCGGCUGCAGAGCGGACCGAAGGCCAAAUCUAAACCUGAGGCGGUGGUCCUACCUACACCAAGCACAGGAGGCAAAGGUGUUCACCAUGCAAAUGAUGUCUCAAAGGUGUUGAAGCCAAAGAGGCUGAUGUCACUUAACGGCAUGGACAGUCUUCCUCAAAAGCCAUCUGCUGGUCCGCUAACACCUUCUGCUAUCACAUGCAAGUCACUGCAGAUGAAGCCACGACGCCCCUCUGCCCUCCCCACUCCAGUUAGACGCAAGGCUUCACUCAUUCCCUCUCCAACGCCCAAACCUCCAGCCCUCUCUGACUCUGUCCCCACCUCAUAUACCAAGCAGCACAGCUGUAGCCCCACCCUCACCAAUGCACAGGAGGAGGAGGAGCUUAUUGAUGCACCUGAAAUUCAGCCCUUCUGUCUAGAGGAUGAUCCCCCUACCACCACACCCUCAAACAACCAACAGACUGACCAAUCAGAGCCCAUGGAUCCUGGAGCACUGAUUCUGGAUGAAUCAGUGCCCAAUGAAAACCUGAUUGAACUGGAGCUUAAAGAGGACAGCAACAGCAAGACACAGGAGGUUCUCCUUUUGGAUCUUCCACCACCCACCCUGCCUCCUCAAGAGAAGCUGCUCAUUGACUUGACCAACACCCCUGACUUCAUCCGGACCAAUAAUAAGACUUGCAGUGCAGCUCAGCUGAUUGAUUUGAGCUCUCCGCUUAUCAAGUGGAGUCCUGAGGACAAGACUGAGAACAAUGCUCCCCUCAUCAACCUGUCCUUCUGAUCGUCAUCCUCCUUAAGUACUGGAUCUGUGCACAUUACUGAACCACCACCUCUCCGUCUUCAGAAACUCUAAUAAUCCAACUGAUUCUGAGUUUUUAAUCAGUGGAGUCUUUCCUACAGUGGAGUACACAAACAUAAAUGUUUUACAUAAAAUAUUCUGAAAUUGCUCAGGUGUCUCUACAACUAAUUGUACUUUUAUUUCUCUUGAUUUUGCUGCUUAUUGUUGGAAUAAAUCUUGUUAAUGAUGUUGUAAACACUCCAGUGA